AGCGUGUUAACAGUAUUUCAUCUUCGCGGUGUCCAGAUUUCUAAAUGUUUGUUUUUUUCACGGCAAAGCCAUUAAAAAACCGCGCAAAGUUGCUAGCUAGCCAAACGAUUGCUUAGCGUUAGCUAACUUUCAAGACUUCCCAAAAUGUCAGAUUCCGACUCCGGUCCAGAGUUUUUGGACUGCGACAUCAGACACGGGGCGAAACUUAUCUAUGACAAAGACAGUCCCUUUGUAGCCCUGCAACCUCCAGAUGUUAUAUAUGAGCGAUGGAAUAAAAUCCCUGUCGCUUUGAAAAAGAAGGCGGCCCAGUUAAUGAAAUUGUAUGCCUUUUGGUAUCACAUUCUGCUGCGUCAAGAGAAUCACAACACCACACGUUGGGCUGUGCAAGUUGGCUUCUUAGACUCAAAUGUCAGCAAUGACUUGAGUCUGAAGAGACUGCACAAGAUAGAAAUAUUGGAGGCUAUCCUCAGAGCGAUGGAAAAAGGAUGUUUAUUAGAAGAUCAAACAAGGCAUAUGAUCUGGAUAAGCAAUAAAUUUAACUUGCAUGUGCCGGAGGUCCUGGACGAUGCGAUACGCUGGCUGGAGCGGACAGGAGAGCCACGCAUCAAGCUGCGGGUUCAGGAGCUGGGCCCCAUUGGGAACUGCUUUGCUGCCCUGCAGCUCAUCUUCACUGAGUAUGCCCACUAUACACAGGCCAUGGGAGUCGACAGAAAAAAAAUGAUGCGAGAGCUUGCACAGGACCCCAGCCAAUGGUCUAUUGAGAAAAGUGAAGAGAUGAAGACUAGAGGAAAUGAUCAGUUUCAGAAAAAGAAAUAUGAUGCAGCAGUCAAGUGUUACUCAAAAGCCAUCAAAUAUCACCCUGAAAACCACAUUAUCUAUGGGAACCGAGCACUUUGCUAUAUCCGUAGUGAAAAAUAUCUAAAAGCUGUUGGGGAUGGAAAACGAGCCACUUUAAUACAACCAGAGUGGGCAAAGGGUCACUACCGGUAUUGUGAGGCGCUGUUCCUACUGGGGGAACACAAGCAGGCGAUAGAGGCCAAUGAGUGGGGCCAGACCCUGUGCAAGGCUGACCCAGAGGGCAUGAAGGACCUGCUGCAGCAACAUGUCAAGUUCAGCAUAGAGAUAGAGGAGAACAAGUGCCACCGGGCAGAGGAACGCAAAGCUGGAAGAUCAAAUAAAACUGCAGCUAAGAAAGUUUCAAGUAAAAGGACAGAGAGUAACACCAGAGCAGACACUACAGAGUCACAACAGGCCGUUAAACCCACCAGUAAGGUUGAGCCUUCUGCUAAAAACACUGUUCCUGAGAACAAGGGCUUGGAAGUCAAGGUGGAAAGCCAGACACAACCAGGUACAAGAAGAGCACAUUCGGUGGAUAAUACCAAGGUGCCUAAAGAGAUGAAAGUUGAAAUGGCUGAUAAAAAUAGCAGCAAACCGGAGCCCUGCUCUUCAGAGAAAACGAAAGGGAAGAACAGAAACCAGCAGUCAAAGGAAAAGGCGGUAUCCGGCAGCUCCAGAGACCCUAAUGUGCGGGAUGCACUGAUGUCAGCUGUGCAGGAUGCCCACGUGGCCCUGGCCGACCAGCGAUGCCGCAACGCAGAGCAGGCCUUCUCCCAGGCCCUCAGCAUCCUGGUGACCAGCACACCAAAGGAACUUGGACUCUGUACUCUUGACCAAGUUGUGCUGAUUUAUGGCCAUGCCUCAGCUCUGAUAGAGAUUGGUCAACCAGAGGAACUUGCUGAAGCUCAUAAAGACUUUGAAAAGAUCAAACAUUUUGAAGAGAGGAAGUUUCAGUGCCUGGUUUUUUAUGGCAUUGGAAAGGCAUAUCAGAAGGAGAACCGAUUUCCACUUGCUCUGGAACAGUUUUCUGAUUCUAUGCAAAUGGUUAAGAAAAAGAUAACGCCUGGUAAACUGACCUGGCCCACUACUAAAGUUAUUGUUGAGGAAAGUAAGCUGGACUAUUUCAAGGAGCUGCUAGAAGAAUCCAUAGAGAUGUGCAAAUUUCCACCUAAACCAGAUGCCAUUUGUCGGCAUCAGAAUUGCCACGGACAUUCCAAAAUAGAAAUCUACUUCACAGAUCCAGAUUUCAAGGGUUUCAUUCGGAUGGUUUGCUGUCAAAGCUGCAAAGUGGAGUACCAUAUCAACUGUUGGAAGAAGUUGAAAGCAUCAGCAUUCUCUGAUAAGAAUGAAAAGGAUUUCCUGCAGGGAAUGUGCUUUACUCCAGACUGUGGGGGUAGAAUCUGUCAUAUUAAAAUCUAUGGUUCAACAGGGCUUGUCAAAUGUGAGUUUGAAGCAUCUAUUGACAAACCUAUGGGUAAAGCAACAUUGAGAGUAAAUCAGAAAUGUACAAGUCUCAAGAAGUUAAAAUCCAGAGAGGAUCGUAAACUCAGGCGGAAGCAACAUAGGCAAGAUGCUUCUCUGUCUACGCAAGCCAAGAAUGAUCAAAUACCUUUGGAGAACGGGGAAACAAUUGUCAUAGAACAGAAGGCUUCAUCCCCCGCCUGGCUAGCUUACGGGGACCGUGUUCUGCUUCAGAUCAGUGAGCGUAUAGACCUAUUCAGGGCUGAGCGCCACAACAUCUCUGUCCUGAUGGAGAACCUUAAGCCAUGGAUGGACCUGGAUCAGAUCAAGGGGAACAAGCUGGGCACUUCUUACACUGAGAGGCAGGUGGAGACCCUGGGGGAUGUUGUAGAGCUCCUCCUGGAAAAGAAGAACCGGGUGUGGGCCCGUGUCUUUAUCCAUGGCCUAAGCAGCUGCCUGGUCACCAGCCCCAAGCUGCACGACUGGGCCCACCAACUGAACAGCGCAGGUCUGAAUUCAGCUGCACUGUUCAUUGACCGCUAUGCAGACCAUCUGGAGCAGCUCGACCUCGCUCCUUUGCUCAAUUUUGCCCCCCUGCAGGACAUGCUCAUAGAGAAGUUUGGGACCAUGCCUGAGUUUUUUAGCCGCCUAGGCCUGACUCUAACGGAGUACCUGAAGCAGGCCCCUUCCCAGGAAAUGAGGCUGUUUAUCUGGACACUGGAGGAGCACAGAGACCAGUACACCACCUGCCACACUGUGCUGGAUGAUUAUUUUGAAUUAAUGGACGGGCAUUGUUUAGUGAUUAAAAAGACAGGGAUUGAAAAUGAAAUUAAUUCUCCUAUUAAGACUAAGAACAGAAACCGCAAAAAAAAGCAGAAGGAGCCAAAGGGGUCCGUUAUUGUCCUGUCGGGAAUGAGAGGUGGUGCCUCAAGAGAGGACGACGAUGAGGAUUUUUUACAUGACUCUUUAAUGUUCCUUGACUCAACUGACCCAUUCAGCAUUCCCAAUCAUCUUCGAAAUCAGGUUGCAGAGUUUGAGGGACAAUACAACAUUGGCAGUCGCAGUAGCCACUACAAUAGAAUAUUGGACAACAACCCUGACCCAACUAAGGAGAGUUUGUACGACUACUUUGCCCAGAUCCUGGAAGAGUACGGUCCCUUAAGGGCCCAGGACCCCUUGCUGGUCGGUGAGCUGGACAACUUCCCUCCUGAUGCCCAGCAGAAGAUCCAGGAGGCAGGUGGCCUUGAGCACUUCCUCCUCGAGUCGCUGCGCUUCGUCAUGACCGACAACCUCCUGGGCCUCAUGAAGCACGCUGUGUCACUGCAGGAUACCAACACUCACAGAAUGGACAAUCUAGACUUCAUAGGGGAUAUCCCCAAUGGACUCUCUCUAAACCCUUCUGCUAUGGAGUUCCUCCCAAACUCUCAUGACUCUGGACCUAGGGAUUAUGAUGAGCCUUUUGCCAUCAUUAAUGUGCAGCCUAACCCGGUUGAAUUCACUGGCAAUCUUGAGGUGAUCGCCAAUCUCCCCAGCCCAUAUGUUUUACCUGUUUUUGGUGCUCCACCAGCCCCGCCUGCCAACGAAAUAGCACGUGCCAUUGGAACUCUGAGAGCGGAGAACAUGUCAUAUAAUAACCAUGAUCCACGUAACCUUGAGGCGUUUGACCUUUAUAUUAGCGGCGUGGAUGAACAGGGAUUGUGUGAGACUGUUUAUGCUCCUGUUCUCGGUGCCAAGGCACCCGGAAAGACUGCAGUGGAAGUACAGGUAGUAACUUGUGACACGUUGAGUGAAGUGGCUGUCAACACUGAGCCUUAUGAGCCUUUUGAAGGGAAUAAUGGAGACAUGAACAAGAAAGAGAAGAGUAAUGCAGAGUUUGAGCAGCAGAUCCAGCAAAUGAAGCAGGAUUACGGCGCUGUGAAGCAAAGACGCCAAACGGAGAUAUCUGCCCUAGAAGGAGAGCAAGAGGAAAUCAACCAUUCAAUACAGAUCAUCCAUAAAGAGCUGGGCCUGUUCCAGCAGAAGCUGGAGGAGGAGGUGAAGAAGGACCAACAGGAGAAGAAAGAGAAUCAGGAAACACUGAAGGCCUUAAAGAUUGAGAUAAAGGAGCUGGCGGAGUCACAGGAGAGCAUUUCUGAGAACAUCCACAAGAAGAACAAGGAGUAUGAGACCCAGCUGAAUAACUUCCUGGAGCUGAGUAACCAGUCAGCUGCUGAGAAGAUGAGCCUGGAGGAUGAGAUCAAGCGGUGCAGAGACCUGUGUGCCAAGGCAACUAGGAGGUCUCAGGGAGCAGAGCUGUCUAUAUUGGAGAACCGGCGUAGCCGCGGCCUCCGCUGCCUCUACAGGUCUCUGUCUGAUGCCAGGGCCAUCCUGGCCAAACUCAAGGAAGUCUCACCCAGAUUACCUUCCCAAAUUCUCCAGUCAGCCACAGAGGCUUGGAUAGCAUGUGCUCAAGAAGCAGAGGAGAAAAUCCGCUCAACUGAGGCACAGUACCAGGAUCAGAUGGAACAGGUGAAGAGGGGGACCAGGCUGUGCACUCUACCCCCAGUUGCAGUCCCCAGUGCCCCCUGGCCUCCACCUGUACCGGCUCACCAGCAGCUCCCUUGCCCUCCAGUGCACAUGAGAGCCCCCCUCUACGGUCACCCGGGGUUGCCUAGAGCCCCUCCUGCCCCAGCCAUGGAUCAGAGUGUUGCACUGCCCUCCAGUAUGGCUCGAGUUCCAGCUAGUGCUACCACUAACCGUCCUAUCACAAGGCCGAACCAGGCUUCCAGGCCACCGGCCCCACAGCCCAUCAAUGUGUACGAUAGAAUCGUAGAUCGGCUCAGCGUCAUGUUCCCUCACUAUAGCAGGCCUGUGCUGUCCAAGUUCAUUGGGGAGAUGCGCACGGCCAACAGAGGAUGCUUGAACUCCCUGUCCUACCAGGAGGUCAUCAACAGAGUGGCCCAGCUCAUCCUGGACCACCAGGACUCCACCAGAGAGCAGCUGAGCAGUGCUGGUACGGGUGACACUGCUGGGCCCCCUUCGCGCUCUGACUCUCCAGCCUCUGUCCACUCUACUGGACCCCCCGCCCAUGUCUGGAAGAGUGUGGGUGCCCAAGGACACUCCAAGUCAAAGGCGUUGAACAUGGAGGAUCCCUGUAUCAUCUGCCAUGAGGACAUGUCCCAGGAGGACCUGUGUGUGCUGGAGUGCAGACACAGCUUCCACAGAGAGUGUAUUAAGUCGUGGCUGAAGGAGCAGAGCACCUGUCCCACCUGCAGAGAGCACGCUCUCCUGCCCGAGGAUUUCCCUCUGCUACCUGGCAGAAUACGCAGGGGCCACACGCCCGCUGCUUUCUCUUAAACACCCCCAGCUACCAACCCCCUUAUGCCUGAAUUCUAAACACAGAUUGAUUCCCAGUAUGUGUUCAACUGCUGUCAGAUGUGGCGAUAAAGAAAUUGGACGAAAGUCAAGUGCGAUGGACCAGUUAUCGAGCGAUCUCCUUACUAUGAUUUAUAUUGGUUUAUACUCCAUCAUGCAAUGAAUGUUGAGCUUUUUAUUUUUCGUCUAUCGUAUGUGCCGUUAUAUUGUUUAGACUUUUUACUUAAGCACAUUUUUUUGUAGUAGACAACGUUUGUUAAAUAUGUUCAUAACCAUUAAUCACAGCGUUGUCAUUAGACACAUGUUUGAGUAAGGAGUGGUUUAGUUGGGCCUGGUUUACUUUAAGUGUGGUUAUGGGUUGAGCUAAUUCUUAAAGUCUUAAGAUUCUUGUGCCUGGUGUAAUAAAGUUUGAUUGCCAGUUACUUUGUUUGAAAAGUUGGAACUGGAGGAAAGAACCAACUGCAAUUUAAAAAAUAUUUACCACAUUUUUGUAUAGUUAAUUUUAAGAUUGACAGAUUUUAAUUAAGAGUUAAUCAGACUUGUUCAUACAAGUUCUAUGCUGUUGAAAGCAGUCAGCCGUAGCCUGAAGGAUUUUCCUGACAAGUGCUGUCAUCUGGAAUCUCAGGAAAACCCGGUUUUUAACCGAACUCAUGGCUUUCAGUUUGUUUUCAACGAGACCCCUGAACUGUUCCCUAUCAGAUAAAAAGCAUGUGAUUCCUUCUUUUAAUAGAAUGUCAGGUACACUGUGUGUCACACACAGAAGUAUGUGGAGACCCUUUCAAAUUAGUGGAUUUGGUUUCAGCUACACCUGUUGCUCACAGGUGAUUUAAAAUUGAGCACACAGCCAUUGCAAUCUCCAUAGACACAUUGGCAAUAGAAUGGCCUUACUGAAGAGCUCAGUGACUAUACAUUUUUUUAAUGCAACCUUUUAAUUAACUAUUCAAGUCAAUUAAGAACAAAUACUUAUUUACAAUGAUGGCCUGAGGGCACACUCUAGUAGGCUUAAAUUGAAGAUGUGACAAAUGGGAGUGGCAGUAUCGUCUGCUAUUAUCCUGAGUAAUUUCCAUCCAGAUUGUCAGACCCCGGUGGCUCGUCAUUGUUGAUAAACAAUACUUUUUUCAUCUUUCACACUGACUUUACAGAAUUCAAAAGUACCAUUAUUGUCUUUCAUAAAUUGAUCCGAUGUGUACUGUCAGUGUUUGUUCCUGGCAUGUCAUCCCUAAGUUUGCUUAUCUUGCCAAUGAAAAUCCUUAAAGAAUUUUGCAAUAUCAGUGGGCUUUGUGAUGAAUGAGCCAUCUGAUUCUAUGACUGAAAAAGCAGCCGAGUUGGCUUUUCUUUUUAAACCAAAAUUUCAUUUAAGGUGCCCCAAAGCUUUUUACUAUCAUUCUUUACAUUAGUUGUUUCAUAGUGUAGUUUCCUUUUAGUUUUGUCACAUGAUUUCUUAAUUUGCAGUACAUUUGCCAAUCAGUUGGGCUGCCAGACUUAAUUGCUAUACCUUUUUCCUCAUCCCUCUCAAUACAAUUUUUCAAUUCCUCAUCCAAUCCAAGGGGAUUUAAGUUUUUAGUCAUUUUCUUAAUGGGUGUGUGCUUAUUAGUAACUGGAAUAAGUAGUUUAAUAAAUGUAUCAAGUACA